ACUUGAAUUUUCCCGAAUCCAAUUCCAAAGACGGCAAUUGCAUAGAAACCCUUCCUCUUGUAUCUCUUCCCUACCGUCGCUGCUCAGACUUUUCAACCGUCAUUGUGUCAUUGUGAACCUUUAGGCUUCAGCAGCUCAGCUACGCCGAAAGUCACGCUCACUGUGUGUGCAGCGGGUUCCAAGGUAGAGAAGGGACUCGACGACCAUUUUCCCGAAGGCGAACGCUAUUUCGACCUCGACAACUUCGGCAACACUAGCUAUUGCAACAGCAUCCUCCAGAUUGACAAUGAAGACGCUGAAGAAUAAAAAGCAGCACAAAAAAGAGGGGCCUGAAAAGAUAAAUGGGACUUUAAGAAGAAUAGAACAGCAAUUAGACCAAGCAGCUGAUAAGUCCGAAGAUUCUUCCUCCGAUUAUGAUUUUGAAGUUGUUGACAAUGAGAGUUUAUCUGAGGAUGAAGGUCCCCCAAGUGAAUCAGGAUCCGAACAGAGUGAACCCUCUGGCAAUGAGGAUGUUGUCUCAAGUGAUGAUGAUGAUGGGAAUCAUGAUGAUACCAGAAAUAACAGAAAAAUGGAUGGAGGGGAAAGUGAUGACUCCCGUGAAGUAAUUGAGGAGAGCGAUUCAUCUGAAGAUGAGGUUGCGCCUCGCAAUACUGUUGGUAGUGUUCCAUUGGAAUGGUACAACGAUGAGGAACAUAUUGGAUAUAAUUUAGCAGGAAAGAAGAUCAAGAAGAAGGAGAGACAGAAUAAGCUGGAUUCAUUUCUUGCAAGUGCUGAUGAUUCCAAGAGUUGGCGUAAGAUAUAUGAUGAGUAUAAUGAUGAGGAAGUGGAGCUAACCAAGGGAGAGACUAAACUUAUCCGUAGAUUAUUGGAAGGAAAGGCCCCACAUGCUGAUUUUGACCCAUAUCAGCCGUAUGUUGAUUUUUUUGCUUGGGAUGAUUCCAAGCAUCCACUUUCCAAUGCGCCAGAACCAAAGAGACGUUUUAUUCCUUCAAAAUGGGAGAGUAAAAAGGUUCUCCAGCUUGUCCGGGCAUUCCGAAUGGGACAUAUAAAGUUUGAUGAUAAGCCUAAGAAAGAGUCGAAUCUUUAUGACGUGUGGGCAGAUGAUUCUAGCUUGGCAGAACGACAAGGAUUGGCACAUAUUCCUGCACCGAAGUUCAAGUUGCCAGGUCACGAGGAAUCUUUCAAUCCGUCUGGAGAAUACAUCCCAUCACAAGAAGAAAUUAAUGCCCUCCAGCUCAUCCCUGAGGAAGAUCGUCCUAAAUUUAUUCCCCAGCGGUUCGAGUUCUAUCGAAGUGUUCCUGCUUAUGAUAAAGCUGUUAGUGAAAGGUUUGGUCGUUGUUUGGAUCUUUAUCUAUGUCCUCGAGCUCGGAAAAAACGUAUUAAUAUUGAUCCUGAGACGUUGAAGCCUAAGUUGCCAAGUCGUAAAGAUCUUAAGCCUUAUCCAACAACAUGUUAUCUGGAGUACAAAGGUCAUAAAGGUCCUGUCGUAUCAGUUACUGCAGAAUCUACCGGUCAAUGGAUUGCUUCUGGUUCAAAUGAUGGAAGUGUUCGUGUUUGGGAGGUUGAAACUGGAAGAUGUCUUAGGGUCUGGGAUAUAGGCGAACCUGUUCAGCAAGUUGUAUGGAAUCCUCUGCCCGAGCUUCCUUUAUUAGCAAUUGCAGCGGGUCAGGAUGUGUUUAUUUUGAACACUGGAUUAGGAAGUGAAGAAGAACAGAAAAAGAUUGAAGAGCUUCUGCAUAUUGAAACCCCAACUGCACCGGAUGAUUCUGACAAGAAUGCAUCCUUAAUCAGCUGGGGUCCGGAUGAGAAGCAUGGGGGAAUCAGGUUAAAACACUUUAAGACUGUAUCUUCAUUAGAGUGGCAUCGCAAGGGAGACUAUCUUUCAACGCUUAUGCCACAUGGUGAAUCAAGAUCAGUAUUGAUCCACCAACUCUCUAAGAAACUUACCCAAAGAAUACCUUAUAAGUUGAGAGGACUUCCUGUUUCAUCUGCCUUCCAUCCGAUUCGUUCUAUAUUCUUCAUUUCAACGAAGAAGGAUGUUCGCGUCUAUGAUCUGUUAAAGCAAAAGCUUCUUAAGAAGCUUGAGCCUGGAGUGCGUGAAGUUUCCUCCAUUGCUAUUCACCCUGGUGGUGAUAAUGUCAUUGUGGGAAGCAAAGACGGAAAAUUGUGCUGGUUUGACAUGGACCUUUCUUCUCAACCUUAUAAAGUCCUCAAGCCUCAUAAAAAAGAUAUCAACAAAGUCUCUUUCCAUCGUUCAUACCCUUUAUUCUCGUCAUGCUCAGACGAUUGCACUGCAUAUGUUUUCCAUGGAAAGGUUUAUUCGGAUCUGAAUCAGAACCCAUUAAUUGUUCCCCUGGAAAUUCUACGUGGGCACGCCAGUGCGGAUGGAAGAGGAGUUCUUGACUGCAAGUUCCAUCCAAGACAACCAUGGCUAUUUACCGCUGGCGCCGAUUCAAUUAUCGGGCUCUAUUGUCAUUAAGAAAGGUCACAGGGGUCGGUAAUACUGUACUUCAAGUUCCAUUGUUAGAGGGCGUUGGAAGAUUAUCAAAUCCCAAUCUUGUUCAGGGUCUUUCCGAGGCGAGCCUGAGAUUAGUAUUUUGGUCCGUAUCAGAACCUUGAAAUGAUAAAAGUUUAUUGUUCUAUUUAUUUUUCCCCAUAUUUUUGGAAUCGAGUCUCGUACAGAAUCCUCAAUGUUAUUUCAAUAUAUUGUAAUUUGACAUGAUGUUUGACGUGGUGUAGCAUUACAAUAUUGGUCUGAUUAUUUUUCAAGCUAAUUUUAUUCUAAAUUCUCAUUAAUAGGC